AUGGCAGUAUGUCUUCCGUCUUUAUCGGAUCUGAGGGCAGAACGUACCCUCAUGGAAAUCAACCAGGAGCUUCAGUUGCAGCUAGAAAAGUACAAGCAGGACUUCAGAGACCUCACAGAGAAAUUCCUCGUAUCCCAAGCUACUGCUUACUCCCUGGCCAACCAUCUGCAGAAAUACAAUUGUAAAGCAUGUAAGGACAUCCUUGAAUCCGUGUUGGGGGAGAAGGUGCCAGUUGAGGUGCGCAGGCCAGCAGAGAAGCAGGCAGAGAAGCCAACACUUGAUGAAAGGUUGAGGACGUGUGAUGUCCUAAUUCGAAGUCAGGCACGAGAGCUGACCCAGCUACGGCAGACACUACAGGAUGGGAAAGAUGACUCUGUCCUGCUCAAGCAGCACCUCAAGGACAUCCUCACCCACAAUGACCUGAACAAACACCAGGGGCAGGGCUUCCGAGAGAGCCUGUCUGAGGGAUACCGCCUGGCAGAGCGCCUUGCCUGCAAGCUCAGCCCAGAAACUGAUGAAGAUGAAGUCGAUGAACAAGCACAAGAAACAGCAACCCCCAGUGUGAACAUGCAGGAUGUGGAAAAGAAGGUGGUGUUCCCGCAAUCCCAGGAUGAAUGUGUUUCAGUAGCUUCCACUCCCCAGGACGGUUCUGCCUGCAACCAGCCUUACAGUGAUGGGAAAGUUGCAUUUGAUGAAGAGAAUGUGGAGUCUGCCGUGGAUGGAGCCUGUGGUUGCUCUCAUGCUGAAGAGGAUGAAAUUCCAACUGGUCUCACAGAAAAGCAGAAUGAUCAUGAUGACCUGAAAGGACCAGAGGUGGUUGCCCCGAGGAGCACAGCCGUCUUCUCACCUGAGGACCUGGAUGUCUCUUAUGCUCGGGAUGUAACCAGUCACCUGCUGUCACGACGGGUCCAGGUAGACCUUGAAUUUGGCUGUGCUGAAGCCAUUGAAAACUGUGGAGCUCUAUCUCAGAGACACUGA